UGAUCUGCCCGGGGCUCGACCUCAUUGGUACAAAUCCAAGGAAGAGGAUAUAGCCACGUCCGCAAGUAUCCACCGGACCUAUUAUCAAAGGAAACACUCGUUGACCGAGAAAUGGAUGAAUACCUCAUCGUGUGGGUAUAUGGCCUACUCAGACAACGCAGAUAACACAAAUACAGAACGAGAUCACCAUUUUGAAAAGAAAAUAUACUAUCACUUUAAGGCAGCAGGGGACAUCACAAAGAGGAUCUCUACAGCUCUUGACGGCUACGCCUUUUGCUAUCGACACCUUAACUUUCUUUCUGGUGUCUUCGCGUUUAGAAAGACUCGGCAGCUUCGCGUCAUCUCGCGCACAAAGACUUUGUUCGCGCCUAGCGAGGCUGUUUUUCGGGUACCCCCGAGCCUUGGUAGAUAAGGAGGGCACGUGGCGACGCUUUACGGGCGGGCACCUCGGAAACCGGCCCGAAUUUUUUUCUUUUUUCUUUUGGCUAUCGCACGCGGCGUGAUACUGGCAUUUAAUAGAGCGGAGGGACUCGAGACGCGAUGUCGCCGCCUCAGAACGAGAAGGGCCUGGAGGCGAGCCUCCUCAAGCUAGCCCUGCUCAAGGGGCUGCGCGCCGACGGGCCGACGGGAGGGGCGGGGGGGGAGGGAGCCGCGGGGACGAAGGAGAAGGCGGACAGGCGGCCGCGGGACCCGGUGACGGGGCGGCGGCUGGCGGAGGACGGCGAGAAGUGCGUGCGGUGCGCGGGCAAGGGGCUGCGGUGCACGCUGAGCUACGUCGGGGCGGAGGGGGCGGCGCGGUGCGGCGGGUGCCGGCGCGCGGGCGCGCCGUACUGCGUGCGGCGGCAGGGCCGCGCGUCGCGGCGCGUCGCGUUCGCGGGGCCGCCGUGGAAGGACCCGAACUACUUCGCCGUGGUCGGCGACGGCGAGGCGGCGGCGGACGAGCCGGACGGCGGCCGCGCCGCCGCCGUCGAGGCCAUCCUCCGCGCCCACUUCCUCGGCCCCGACACCUACGUCCACGGCGGCGGCGAGUACCGCCGCGCGGCCGACCUCGCGCGCCUCGCGCUGCCGCCGCUGCCGCCGGCGCCCGCCCGGAAGACGCGAGAGACCCGGGCCGACGCCGACGCCGGCUGGCGCCGGGUGCUGCCGAUCUGGCAGAACACGAGCCUGCGCGCGGGCCGCGGUGGCGGCGCGGGCGAGGACGGCCCCGAGGCGGAGGAGCGCCAGGACGACGCGCUGAAGUACCUGCGCACCGCCCGCAAGUACUGGCCCCGCAGGGCGCACCUCAAAGAGGAGCUCGCGGAUCUCGGCGAGACGUGGUGA